AUGAGUUAUAAGCGAUUUAUUGAAGAACCAUAUCGUUUACCGGCUCUUUCUUGUGAUAAAGAGUAUCACAAACGAGUCAAACUUAAUCCAAGUGUUUCUCGUUCUAAAACUGCCAAGAUUCUACGCUGGGUGCGCAAUGGUUGUUAUCAUUCAAAAAAGGAUAAUGACCAAAAAGCUAGUUUUGGUCAAGAUGAAAUCGAUGCUUCUGCUUUUUCUAAAUCGACUGCGGCCAAAUCGAGAAUUAUUCAAGGGUUUAUCGCCAGUGAAAAUAGUUCUUUUGAUGAUGAUGAAGAGUACCGUAGAGCGGCAUGGGAAAAUCUUGAAGAGGAAGCGCAGGCGCACGAUGCCGCAAAAGAGAGCCACGUUGCAUUGAAUAGGGGCGCUGCUGCUUUUUUGGAUACUUGUGCGGAUGAUGAGUCGAGUGCUUCGCCGCGGCAAGACACCGCCGCGCCGUACGACAGGCCGUACGGCACCGCUGAUGCUAUUUCUGUCAAUCUUGCUCGGGAUGGUGAGAUACUUUUGGAUGAUGGUGAUAAUAAUUCUACUAUCAACUUGACAGGGCAAAGUCGCCGGCGACGUCUGGCGCUAGAUUCUGAUUCUGAUACUACACAAGUGCCGCAACGCGAGCCUAAUACUUUUGCAACUGAUGUCUCAUCUGAUGGUGGGGGUGAUGACGAUAAAAUAUCUGUGGAUUUGGUAUCACCUUGUUCUCUCAUUAGCGAUGAUUCUGAUUACAGUCAAACUUAUGCACCGAUUCUAAAUGUUAUUUCGUCGACGCCAAACAUUUUUGAUAGUGAAACAAGAUUUAAAAUAUUGCCUGAUUCGUGUGUCAAAACGAUGCCCAGAUGUAAAAACAGCAAAUGUUUAUUUACUACCGAGAAAAAGGCAAAAAUGGACCGUCAUAUUGCUACAUGUCGACAAGAUACUGAAUAUAUUUUCCGGCAAAGUGUACAGGGCGACGAUGUCAAUGCGUUUAUAGAGCAGUUGGUUGAAGAGGGAUAUUUGCCUUCUGUCGAUUAUACACAAAAGUUUUUUGCUACAUACGACAUUGAAUCGUUGAUGAGCGAGGGUCCGUUUUCAAAGAAGGAAAAGUUUCACAAUUUGGUAACCCUGGCGUCGUUUACUUCUGAUAAGCAAAAAGAAAUAUUCUAUUGCAAGGAUUUCAGAUAUGAAUCGACUAUUCUAAUGAUUGCUCAAUAUAUCAAGCAUCUUGAGGAAUUGCGCGACGAGAUGAUUGAAGAACUGCCCGAUUGCAUUACUCAAGGGAUACAUUUUUAUUCAGCUCGUGUCAACGACAAGGAACUUCGUGAGCAUACAUCUCCGGAAGAUCUUCAAAUGAUGCGCAAAAAGUUAAAUUACCUCAAGGAUUUUCAAAAAUUGAAAAUUUAUGGCUGGUUUUCCGAAACAUACGAUAUGCCUGUUCUCUAUCCUCUUUUAAUUGCCGUUCUUUAUGAGUUUGCUGGACGCGAUGCAAAGCAAAUUAAUAUUAUAAAGCGAGGUGCUGGCUACAUGUUGAUUGAAGCGCUUGGUCUAAGUUUUAGAGAUUUUAAAAACUACACUGCUCCGAUGAAAUUAGACAAGUUGGCUCGCUCAUGUGGCUUAGAUCCGGAUCAUUACUGCAAGGGUGAUUUUCCUUAUGAGUGGUACACAACGACUGAACAACUUAUGUCUUCAAAAAAGUUUGCUGCAUAUUCGGCUUUUCACUCGACGCUUAGUUCGAUCAAGAAGGGGCGCGAAAAAUUUCCAGUUGAAAUGAAUUCUAUAAUUCAUGAAAAAGUAUCAAUGAAACUUUGGGAUGAGCUGGACAUUCAACCCAUUAUAAAUUUUUUGAAUUUGAAAAAUUUAAAAAGCGAUCCAGUUGUCAAAGAUGCUAUCAAAAACAAAGAGUGCAAUUUUACAUCUGCUCAAGAAUUUUACGAUUUAAAAGUUGCUCAAUUAAAGAGUUUGUUAAAAUUCGACAAAGAGAAGAAUUGCUUUCAAUGUGAUCCUCUUGAUGAGAAAGCUCUCGACUUUUUCAAUUUCUCUCCAAAGAAAUACGCCGACAGUGUUGACUUGUGGAGCGUCAUGGAAAGACAAUUUCGAAGAAAGCCUUCAAUGAUGGAGUUUUUAUUUGAAUAUAAUUUCAACGACGUGAAACUUUUGGAAGGGGCAAUCAGUUGCUAUGCCAAAAAGUAUUCUGAAAAGUUUGGCAUAGGAUUGCAUUGUGAUCUGUCAAUUGCAACAACAGCUCAGAAGCUUGCGUUUGUCAUGUACGAUAAAGAAUGUCCGCCAAUUUAUUCAAUUCCUCCGUCACAUGCCUUUUUUUAUCGAAAAUGUCGAGAAAAAUUGUCUGGCGGAAUCUGUCAAGUUUUGCAUAGGGCCGUAUUUCUCAAUCGUGGUGAUGACGAUAAUAUUCCAAAAGGUGCGCGGCUGGCUCCAAAUGGAAAACCCUUCAAGAAAUGUGAAUUAUUGGACUAUAAUUCACUCUAUCCAGCUAUUUUUCGCGGGCCGAUGCCUUGCGGUCCUGGUAUUUUUUAUCAUCCACAGCAAAUGCAAUAUUCGAACGCAAGAGUAAAGACGAUCAAUGGCGAACCUGAAACGCGUUUUUUUUCAGAAGGUCUUUUUGCUCAGCGAGAAAACACAAGUCUUGAAUCGAUAAAAUGGCUAGAAUAUCUGAAUUGGAAAGAAGGCGGUUAUAAUGGUAAAAUUCAGCAUUCUUACAACAGAAAAGAAAUCAAAAUUGGUGGUUAUUCUGUCGAUGGCUAUGUUGAAUUGGAUGAAUAUAUAUCACCAUUUUCCCGUGUCAAAAAGAAGAUCAUUUUCGAAUUUCGAGGCUGCUCUUAUCACGCUUGUCCUUGGUGCAAGCGUAAGCCUUACUUCGGACAAAAAGUAAAAGUUUCCGGUGGUGCUAAGUACAAGAAAAUUACUGUGGAUGAGCUGAGGGCUCGCGAUGACGCUCGGUUGCACACAAUCGUAGAGGCACUCAGACGGGGCGAUGACAUUGAGCGAGGAGCGCCCAAUCCUGUUCUAGUUACAAAUGAGGAUAACAGUGACGACGGUGACGAAGAAGGGUUCACGCCUGUUGAGGGUCCAACAAAUUUUCAUCACGAAAUCAAAAUCAAAUAUGCAUGCAGAUGGUUAAAACAAUGGAGCAGUUUAGAAAUGAUGAAUAAACCUCCUUUUUCAAAGAGCUACCCAUUUUUGUAUCGCGGUUCAAGCUCAAAAUUCAACGGAUUGCAGGAAGGCACCGAAGGAGUAACCGAAGCAAUGUUUAAAGAACUUGUCAACGAGGAUGAUGAAGAGACCGGACAAUCGAAAUUUUUCGGUUUUGCUUUGGUCGAUUUGCGCUCCACAGACAAGAUAAAACAAGAUCAUCCGUUUAUACCGCCAAUUUUUGAUAAAGUGCAUCUGAACCCCGAGGAUGUCCAAGGACAUCUUAAGAAUGUUCUCUCUGAGCGUGAAUUAAAUCGACUCUUUCCCAAAGAAGAAAAUGCUUUUUGCUAUAAUACAACCGAAUAUUUGGCAACAAGUGAAAUGCUUAGGCAUUAUCACAAGCUUGGAAUGGAAUACAAGGUUCAUUGGUUUGUUACUUAUUUUCGUGGAGAACCGUUUAAAAAAUUUGUCAAUAAAAUGGUUGCAGAUCGAGUUGCUUCGGAAAAGAAUGGAGACGUUGCGGGUCAAACCGUAGCAAAACUGUUGAUGAACGGAUGCAUCGCUCAAGCUGCUGGUGAUGAACCUCACGCAAAAAUAAUCAAAAAAUCUGCUAAAGGAUGCAACGAUGGCGUUCCAUUAUCUUUUUACGAAUAUCUAAUUGCCAUUUUUGGUAGUGAUUACAACCAGCGAAUCAAGAAGAGCAUCCCUCAAAUUCAACUUGACAGGAAGCGAGAACGUAUGAAGACUUGGGUCAUGCACAAGAAAGUCAUCAAUCCUAUUUUGUCGAAAAGAAUCAUCUGCGAUGAUAAGGUCAGCACUCUUCCCCUUCGAAGAUAUGACGGCGAAUUGAUUUAA